AUGACCGAAUUCAAUAUCAAAGUACAAGAUGUCAUUCAUCUUGACAAGAUUGACGAUGAGCAUGAGAUCGCAAUCGCUGGCGAUAGGAUUGUUGUGGAAAAGAAGCUCUUGAGGAAGAUCGAUUUGAGGAUGAUGCCAAUGAUGAUGCUUAUCUAUGUACUCAACUAUCUUGAUCGCAACAACAUUGCAGUCGCUCGCCUCGGGUCUUUCGAGAAGGACCUUGGUCUGCAUGGCACCCAGUAUAACACUAUCAUAUCGAUCUUCUUUGUCGGAUACAUCCUUACGCAGGUUCCCACAAACAUGAUCUUGGACAAAGUCAAGCCAUCUGUUUUUCUACCCGUGAUCAUGUGCUGUUGGGGAGCCGUCAGCGCUUGCUCUGGAGCCGUGCAGAACUACCAGGGGAUGAUUUGCCUAAGAUUCUGCUUAGGUUUUGUCGAAGCACCCUUUUUUCCCGGAUCGCUCUUUCUGUUCUCAUCGUGGUACACCAAAAAAGAGCUGGCGAAACGCAUAUCCAUCCUUUACGCAGCUGGGCAAAUGGCAGGCGCCUUCGGAGGACUCCUAGGCAGCGCCAUCAUGGGCGGCAUGGAUGGUAAAGCAGGACUAGCCGCUUGGCGGUGGCUCUUCAUUAUCGAAGGAACUGCUACCAUCCCGAUCGCAUUUGCAGCAGCAUUCAUACUGCCCAACUAUCCUGAUACCACGAAGUGGCUGACUGAGCAAGAGAGACACCUUGCAAUACUCCGAAUUGCUGAGGAUGCAAAUGAACAGGAUCAGCAUUCACAAACUUCUUUCCAACUAUUCGUCAAGACACUUGGUUACAACAAGACCCAGACUUUGUUGCUAUCAGCUCCGCCAUAUGUCUUUGCCGCAAUCCUGGGUAUCACCAAUUCGUGGCACUCCGACAAGACCCGGGAGCGAUGGCUUCACGUUGUCUGGCCCCAGGUGUUCUGCAGCGUAGGGUUCAUCAUCUCUGCAGUCACACUCAAUGUGGCGGCACGAUACACGGCAACCUUCAUGAUGAUGUCUGUCUACGGCAGCUUUGGGUGUAUCUUGUCUUGGGUAUCAACGACUCUGCCUCGUCCUUCCUCCAAACGUGCCGUCGCCUAUGCAGUUGUCAAUGCUGGUUCAAAUUUGGCAUCGAUAUACGCAUCUUACAUCUACCCAGCGUCUCAAGGACCAAGAUAUUGGCAGGCCAAUGUCGUCAAUGUAGCAUUCUCAGCAGCUUGCAUCGCAUUUGCCACUGCACUCCGAUUCUAUCUUGGAUGGAGAAACAGGAAACUCGAACAUGCUAGCAGUGACGAUGACAGACUGGAGGGCAUAGUCGUAGGAACGCGGGUGACUGCAUUGGCAAACCAAUGGCAGUGUCACCCCGACUACAGGUAUACGCUGUAG